GUGGGAGUCUGAAGACCAUGGAUGGUGCCAUGGGGCUUCGAGUGCUGUUGUGCGUGUACCUGAUGUCCCUCCUUGCCCUGCAAGCCAUUCCCACUCUGGGCCUGGAGACUCGCAGGCCCAAGGGCAGUGAGAAACGGCAGGCUGUGGACACAACAGUCAAUGGUGUGAUCAUCCGGAGUUUGAAAGUCAACUGUAAAGUCACCUCUCGCUUUGCCCACUAUGUCAUCACCAGCCAGGUGAUCAACACUGCUAAUGAAGCCAGAGAAGUGGCCUUCGAUGUGGAAAUCCCCAAGACCGCCUUCAUCAGUGACUUUGCCAUCACAACAGAUGGGAAGGCAUUCAUUGGGAACAUAAAGGACAAAGUGACUGCAUGGAAGCAGUACCGGAAAGCAGCCAUCUUGGGAGAGAAUGCUGGUCUUGUCAGGGCCUUAGGGAGAAACAUGGAGCAGUUCACCAUCCACAUCACCAUUGGUCCCCAGAGCAAGGCCAUAUUUCGGCUGACAUAUGAGGAAGUGCUGAAGAGAACACUUACACAGUACAACAUUGACAUCAAAGUCAAGCCCAAGCAGCUGGUGCAGCAUUUUGAGAUUGAUGUGGACAUCUUUGAGCCCCAAGGGAUCAGUAAGCUGGACGCUCAGGCCCCUUUCCUCUCCACGGAACUGGCAACUCAAACUAUCAAGAAGUCUUUCUCCGGGAAAAAGGGUCACGUACUCUUCCGCCCCACUGUGGGCCAGCAGCAGACCUGUCCCACAUGUUCUACAUCCUUGCUGAAUGGGGACUUCAAGGUGACCUAUGAUGUCAAUAGGGGCAAAGUCUGUGACCUCCUGGUGGCCAAUAACUACUUUGCCCACUUCUUUGCCCCACAAAAUCUGACAAGCCUGAGCAAGAACCUGGUUUUUGUGAUUGACAUCAGUGACUCCAUGGAAGGCCAGAAAGUGAAGCAGACCAAAGAGGCACUCCUUAAAAUCCUGGAGGACAUACGGCCAGAAGACUACUUUGACCUGGUUCUCUUUGGGUCUCAAGUGAAAUCAUGGAAAGGUUCACUGGUGCAAGCAUCGGAGGCCAAUCUGCAAGCAGCUCGAGAAUUUGUGAGGCGCUUCUUCCUGGCUGGGGCUACCAACCUGAAUGGAGGUUUGCUUCGGGGAAUUGAGAUUUUGAACAAAGCUCAGGAAAGCCUCCCAGAAGUCAGCAACCAUGCCUUGAUUCUCAUCAUGUUGACAGAUGGGGAGCCCACUGAAGGGGAAACGGAUCGUUCCCAGAUCCUCAAGAACGUUCGCAACGCCAUUCGGGGCAGGUUCCCGCUGUAUAACCUGGGCUUUGGUCACAACCUGGACUUUAGCUUCCUGGACGUCAUGUCCAGGGAGAACAACGGAUGGGCCCAGAGAAUCUAUGAAGACCAUGAUGCCAGCCAGCAGCUACAGGGUUUCUACAAGCAGGUAGCCAGCCCCCUGCUGACAGAUGUGGAGCUGCAGUACCCUCAGGAUGCCGUCGUGGCUCUGACCCAGCACCGACAUAAGCAGUACUAUGAUGGCUCAGAGAUUGUGGUAGCUGGACGUAUUGCUGACAACAAACUGGGCAGUUUCAAGGCUGAUGUGCGGGCCCAUGGGGGGGGACAAGAAUUCAAGGCAACCUGCCUUGUGGAUGAGGAAGAGAUGAAGACGCUGCUCAAAGAACGUGGCCACAUGUUGGAGAACCAUGUGGAACGCCUCUGGGCAUACCUCACUAUCCAGGAGCUGCUGGCCAAACGGAUGAACAUGGAGGGGGAGGAGAAGGCCAACCUGUCGUCCCAGAUCCUGAAGAUGUCUCUUGCCUAUCAGUUCGUGACCCCCUUGACCUCCAUGACCAUCAGGGGCAUGACAGAUGAGGAUGGGCUGGAGCCUACCAUUGACAAGCCCCCAGAGGAUUCUCAGCCCUUGGAGAUGGUGGGACCCAGAAGGACGUUCGUGCUGUCUGCAUUACAGCCUUCUCCUACUAGUAACAGCCUCAUUAGUUCUCAUCUGCCAGACCAAGUGACAGGUGUGGACACUGAUCCCCACUUCAUCAUCCAUGUGCCCCAGAAAGAGGAUGUCCUGUGCUUCAACAUCAAUGAGAAGCCUGGUGCGAUCUUGAACCUAGUCCAGGACCCUGACACAGGCUUCUCAGUGAAUGGGCAGCUCAUCAGCAGCAAGGUCAAAAGUGCUGGGCAGCAUGAGAGCACCUACUUGGGGCGGCUAGGGAUUGCAAACCCUGCAACAGAUUUCCAGCUGGAAGUUACUCCUCAGAACAUUACACUGAACCCCAGCUCUGGUGGGCCUGUGUUUUCCUGGAAGGACCAGGCUGCUCUGCGACAAGAUGGAAUUGUGGUGACCAUCAACAAGAAGAGAAACUUGAUGGUGGCUGUGGAUGACAGGGCCACCUUUGAGGUUGUCCUGCACCAGACGUGGAAGGGGAGUGCAGUCCAUCAAGACUUCCUGGGCUUCUACGUGUUGGAUAGUCACGGGAUGUCAGCUCGGACACAUGGGCUGCUGGGACAAUUCUUCCAUCCCUUUGAAUUUGAAGUAACUGACAUCCACCCAGGUUCUGACUCUACAAAGCCAAAGGCCACGCUGGUAUUGAAGAACCGCUGGUUAACAGUUACCAAGGGCUUGCAAAAAGACUACAGCAAGGACUCCCGACAUGGAGCGGAGGUGUCCUGUUGGUUUGUCCACAACAAUGGAGCUGGACUGAUAGAUGGCAUUUACACUGACUAUAUAGUCCCUGCUAUCUUCUGAGCAUCAGCUGGCAUCCAGGAGCUCUCUUGAGACACUGCAGAGAAGGACACCAUCCUGACCCACUAUACCUCCC